AUGAUAUGUAAGGCUGAGUAUAGUAAAAUUGGGUAUAAUGGCGAAAUGGUUCUUACAAAAUAUGAUAUUAAGGAGUUUGAAUCCACUAAGCCUGAGAAAGAAACAACAUUUCAUGUUAUAUCUAGGAAUAACACUGAGUCAGGAACAAAUAAACUAGCUGUUUAUUCAGAAUUAACUAAAAAUCCUUCUAGGAAUAAGGGUAAUAAUAUAGAUGUUGAUAAUUUAUCUCACAUUCACCUUAAAACAAGGAAUACUAAAUUAAGUACUAUUCAACCCAGAGAUAUUCAAUUGGACAAUUCAUCACAAAGGUAUUAUAAUAAAGAUACUCAGCAUUACAAAGUAUGUGAUAAUAGUAAGACAGAAUAUAGUUCGAUAAAUUCAACAUCAACAACUCUAAAUUCAAUCGAAGUUUCUAGUUCAAUAGGAAACUCAGGAAUUGAAAUGAAGCGAAAGUAUUUUGUUAAGGUUUCACCAAUAAACACAAAGUAUAUUGCCGUUGUUAGAACAAUAACAAAUAGUACCCCAUUACUUUUAUGCUUUGAUCAUGGGCGAGAUAAGACUCCUAGAGAAAUUAUAAAUUUAAAAAGUAGUUUUAUAUAUCGUGGUGUUACGGAAAGAGGACCAUGUAUUUGUUUAAGAUCUAAAGGUGAGUAUCAUCACAAAGCAGCAUUAUCUUCGGCAAAAGUAGUGGAUAAUCCACUCUCUAAUAUUAAUGAUGAUAUUUCAUUUUUUAAUAGUAAUUUAGAAAGUAACAAUAGCUAUGGUUGCUCGAAUAUAGUUAAUAGUAAUUCAAACAAAUCUAAUAUAGAGAAAAUCCCUAAUGUAAUGUAUGAAAUUGAAUGCCAUAAUGACUUUAUUGCAUGGUGCAAUUUUUUUUCAUCAAUUGGAUUACCACUUGGAAAUUUUCGUUCUUUAUUUCAUACUACCAAAUUGAUUGGAGAAGGUAGUUUUGCUAAGGUAUACAAGGGGCGCAAUGUUAUUACUGGAGAGGAUAUAGUUAUCAAGGCUGUUGAUAAGAAGAAAGUAAAGGAGUCAAACGUCUAUACAGAAAUAGAAGUGUUACGUAAAGUGCAUCAUCCACAUAUUGUCCAUCUGAUUGCUUCAUUUGAAGAAGAUGAUCAUGUGUGCUUAGUUUUAGAGUUUUUAGGUGGUGGAGAAUUAUUUGAGUGGAUUGCUCAAAAAGGUGCAUAUACUGAAGAACAAGCCAAAGUAGCUAUGAGACGUAUUUUGUUAGCUUUACAAUGGCUUCAUACAAAUGACUUUGUUCAUAGAGACUUGAAGACUGAGAAUUUAAUUUUAGAAAACAAAGAUUGUCCUGAAUCUCUUAAGAUUAUUGAUUUCGGACUAGCUGCUUCUCUAGGAUCACCUGCAAUGAAAAUGAGGUGUGGAUCACCAGGUUAUGUAGCUCCUGAAAUAUUAGAAGACAAGUCAUAUAAUACCAAAGUUGAUGUAUUUUCUAUUGGUGUAGUACUAUAUACUGUUUUGGGGGGAUCUCCUCCCUUUCCUGGAAACAAUAUGAAAGAAAUACUUAAAAGAAAUAUCCAAGGUAAUAUUCAAUUUAGCAAUUCUAGCAAGUGGAAAAGUAUAUCUUCUUGUGUAAAGGAUUUAAUUAAAUGGAUGAUGGCUAAGGAUCCUGACGUAAGAUGUACUGCAGCACAAGCCAUUUAUCAUCCUUGGUUUGAGAAAAUUCCACUCCAAUCAAAGUUCCUCAAAGAUAUUGGUAAUGUCUUGUCAACAAAUAAAGUACAGAAAUUUUCGCAGGUAUCACAUCAAAUUAAUGUCAACCCAGUUAAGGUAAUUGGGGCCAAGGCUAAUGAAAGUAUUAACUGUAGGACAGCAUCAAUACAAACAGAAAAAGUGUGUGUGAAGCCUCCCUCAAGAUCAUUAGUAUCUCAAUAUUCAAAUUCAUCUCCAAAAUUUAAUAUAAAUCCAUAUUCAGUGUUACCAUCUAAUUUAACUUGUGAUAUUAGUAAGUUGAACUCUGGAAUUCAGAAUUUAGCUACUGAAGGCAAAGAGAGGUGCACAAUUCAAGGUUCUUGUCCUAUUACAUAUAAUUCAAUUAGUAGGGACCAAGAUAUAAAGUUAGACUCUUUAAACACUUUGGAUUAUUCGGAUAGGUACAAAGAUGUAACUUCUAUGUAUAACCAUGGUCAUAAUGAAUAUGAGCAUGAGAAAAAGAGUGAACUUAAAACUAUUUUAUCUAACAAAUGUAUCAAUAAAAAUAUUAAGGUAUCAUCGAAAUAUUCGCAUAAGGUAUUAAACAGAGGUGAUUACUUAAUUUCAGAUGAAACAAAUGUGAUACCUACAUUAUGUUGUGAUCUAAUAGAUGAUAAGGAGAUAUCUUAUGAGCACCCAUCACUCGUUCAUAACAUUUCAAAUGGUAAAUCUAGCAAAAAUUCAGGAAAAUCAAGUAAGAGCAAUGCAAUUAGAGCUGUAUUUCAAAGUGUAUUUGGUAGAUUUUCUAACGGAAACUGCAAUCAAAUUCCACAUAUGAAAAUUAAUAGAAAAUAUGAAAUUAAUUAG